CAUUAAUCAAAAAAUUUGUGGUUACUGGUUGAGUGAACUGUCAAACCAGAUGAGUUUGAUAUUUCAUGCUUUGGUUUUUCAUCCUGAGGUUCUGAUCAGAUUUUAAUAUUCUAGAUUCAUAAAAACCUAUACAAAUUGCCAUUAUGACUGUUAUCAAUAAGAUGGAGAUUGACACUGGGGGACUCAAAGGAGAAGGGUUUCGAUCUUAUUAUAUUACUAAAAUAGAGGAGCUUCAACUGAUUGUUGCUGAGAAAAGCCAAAAUCUUAGACGUCUUCAAGCACAACGGAAUGAGUUGAAUGCAAAAGUCCGAAUGUUGAGAGAGGAGUUAAUGCUAUUGCAAGAACAGGGAAGUUACGUUGGAGAGGUUGUCAAACCUAUGGAUAAAAAAAAAGUUUUAGUUAAAGUGCAUCCUGAAGGAAAAUUUGUUGUUGAUAUAGACAAAAACAUUGAUAUCAAUGAUGUGACACCAAAUUGUCGUGUUGCUCUUCGUAAUGAAAGUUACACUCUCCAUAAAAUUCUUCCAAACAAGGUGGAUCCUCUGGUGUCUCUAAUGAUGGUUGAAAAAGUUCCAGACUCUACAUAUGAAAUGGUUGGGGGCCUGGAUAAACAAAUAAAGGAAAUUAAAGAAGUAAUUGAACUCCCAGUUAAACACCCAGAGUUGUUUGAUGCUCUUGGUAUUGCACAACCUAAAGGUGUCCUCCUCUAUGGACCUCCUGGAACUGGAAAAACUUUAUUAGCUAGAGCUGUAGCACACCAUACUGAAUGUACCUUCAUAAGGGUGUCUGGUUCUGAGCUUGUCCAAAAAUUUAUUGGUGAAGGAUCUAGAAUGGUUAGAGAAUUGUUCGUUAUGGCAAGAGAGCAUGCUCCAUCCAUCAUUUUCAUGGAUGAAAUUGAUUCUAUUGGAUCCUCUCGUAUAGAAUCCGGUUCAGGUGGUGAUUCUGAAGUUCAGAGAACUAUGUUGGAAUUAUUGAAUCAGUUGGAUGGUUUUGAAGCCACAAAGAAUAUUAAGGUGAUUAUGGCAACCAAUCGAAUUGACAUCUUGGACCCUGCUCUUCUCAGACCUGGAAGAAUUGAUCGUAAAAUAGAAUUUCCACCACCGAAUGAAGAAGCAAGACUUGAUAUUCUCAAGAUUCAUUCUAGGAAAAUGAAUUUAACAAGAGGCAUCAACUUAAGGAAAAUAGCCGAACUUAUGCCUGGAGCAAGUGGUGCUGAAGUGAAAGGUGUAUGUACUGAAGCUGGUAUGUAUGCUUUGAGAGAAAGGAGGGUACAUGUGACACAAGAAGAUUUCGAGAUGGCUGUAGCCAAGGUCAUGCAAAAGGACUCUGAGAAGAAUAUGUCAAUCAAGAAAUUAUGGAAGUAAAAUUUCUGUUUUUUACCAAUAUUUAUAAAUGAAAUAAACUAGUUUAAAUCGAAAAA